CGAGAGGCUUGGCAGGUCUCCAAAUCCCGUAAAACCUCAAACAAAAACGCAUUGAGUCAGUUUACAUUAAAGACCAGCCUGCACAUCAUGCUAUCUGCACCAUAAAAGAACUGCUUCGUGCUACUCAGUUUGGGGUUUAGCCCUGCUGCGCAAUCCUGCAUUGCCAGCCUUGCCCAGCUAGUCUCGCGUCAUGGCGCAGGCGGCCUGCGCCCCCUGCCCGGGGUAUGAAGAUGCAGCUUGUCCCAACAAUUAGCUCCUGGACGCCAAUUCUCCUUCCCAUCUACUAGACGAACUGCUGCUGUCACUCGCAUUACGCCGAAUAAUCGCAGUUUCCACGCCCUGCAAGAGCGAGUCGCAGUGCACUAUCGUAUCGAUCAAACUUAAUUCGAGGCUCCAAGACUGCCUUUUAUUACUCGUACAUAAAGAUAACAGCAAGCGCCUACAGCUUCAGGCCACAGAUCCCCAACACGAUGCGGCUGCUAUAUGUUACAAGCGAUGGGAAGCUCAAGUUCACCAACGACAUCAUUCGUAGCGAAGAGAUUCCUCCCUAUGCGAUCCUUUCGCACACUUGGGCGGAGCAAGAAGUAGUGUUCGGCGACAUGAACAGCCUUAGCGACACAGAGCAUGUUGUUGCAAAGAAGAGGGACGGUUGGAGUAAGAUUGAUUUCUGCGCACAGCAGGCAAAGCGUGAUGGGCUAGAUUAUUUCUGGGUCGACACAUGCUGCAUCGACAAGGCAAACAACACUGAGCUCUCGGAAGCUAUCAACUCUAUGUUCCGCUGGUAUCAAAAUUCGAACAAGUGUUACGUCUUCCUUUCCGACGUCGGGGGAAAAUCUUUGGAGGGUAGUUGCGAGACGACCACGGGAUCUGCGGCGGCUUUCAGAGCGAGCAAAUGGUUUCGUCGAGGCUGGACACUUCAGGAGCUUCUUGCUCCAUGUUCUGUUGAGUUCUUCUCUAGAGAUGGGGCAUUGCUAGGGAACAAAGAGUCACUCAAGCAGAUUAUCCAUGAGGUUACAGAGAUACCCAUCGAAGCUUUGUCAGGGAGCAACAUGUCAAAGUUCAAAAUCGCUGAACGCUUCGCUUGGGCACGGAAUCGCCAGACCACACGCGAAGAGGAUGGAGCGUAUUGUCUGUUAGGCAUACUCGGCUGUUACCUUCCACUAAUCUAUGGCGAAGGCAAAGAGAGCGCCUUGAAAAGAUUAAGAAAGCAGGUUCAGGAGAGCUCUGAUGACAUUGCAGAUGCUUCAGUGUAUGAUGGUAUGGCCCGCACCCGAACUUCAGACAGGCUUAGCAUGAUAUGCAAAUGGCUUUCGGCGCCCGAUCCGUCCACAAACCACAACAAAGCGUACAAACAGCGACAGGCUAAGACUGGACUAUGGUUGAUCGAAGGCAAAAAGUUGAAGAACUGGAAGGAGACAGCCGCGUCGCGACUUUGGCUAUACGGAAUCCCAGGAUGUGGAAAGACUAUCCUAAGCUCUACGAUUAUUGAGCAUCUGCUGCAACACUGCCAUGACGACACUAGUAUGGUGACGGUAUACUUCUACUUCGACUUCAACGAUGCGAAGAAACAGGAUGCAGACCUAAUGCUUCGCUCAAUACUCAGUCAGCUCCUGCAGCGUUCGGUCACGGUACCCGAGUGCGCCGAUGCGCUGUUCUCAUCCUGCGGAAACGGACAACAACAGCCGUCUCUGCAUGCACUUCUAGAAGUGUUAUCGCAGGUGGUGCGACAGUUUUCGCAUGUCUACGUUAUUCUUGAUGCGCUUGAUGAAUGUACGCAACGCCCAGAACUGAUGGACAUGCUGGAAAUAAUGGCUGGAUGGCAGCUUGGCAUCCUACAUUUGCUUAUGACCAGCCGGAAAGAGCGGGAUAUUGAGACCUCCUUACAGAAUUUUGUCGUGAAAGAUGACACUGUUUGCCUUCAGAGAGACGUUGUAGAUAAAGACAUAUUACGGUUCGUCCAACAAAGGCUGCGUGACGACAAGCGGCUAGAAAAGUGGAACAAGGACGCCAAAAUUACGCAAGAGAUUGAGACAGCACUAAUGCGCGGAGCUCAAGGAAUGUUCCGAUGGGCUGUAUGUCAGCUUGACAUGAUAUCCAAGUGUCGCAGUCUAGCGAUGUUGCGAAAGUCGCUCGUUACUUUACCACGAACGCUGGACCAGACAUACGAACGCAUCCUUUCCGCUAUAAGCGAAGACGACCGCGUAUACGCAAUGAGAAUUUUACAGUGGUUAACGUUCUCUGCUAGGCCACUCUGUGUCAAAGAACUGGCUGAAGUCGUCGCUAUUGACGUUACGCGCGAACCAGUGUUCGAUCGUGAUGAAGUGCUAGUGGACCCACUAGACGCACUGGAAAUCUGUUCUAGUCUAGUCACUCGUACAUUAUACACGGGAAUAGGGGAGUCAAGGCCUGCCUAUUGGUGUGUCACUCUCGCACACUAUUCAGUCCAGGAGUACCUUGUGUCAGACAGGAUCAAACAAGGACCAACAAGUCAGUAUAGCGUGCAAGAGGUCGAAUGUCACAAAGUAAUGACGAGAGGCUGUUUGGGGUACCUGAGCCAAUUCCAGCAACCAAUCUUUGACGAGCUUCGCGGGUUUCCCAGGCUGGCUCCGAGGCUGGCUCAGUACUCCGCAGAGUUCUGGAACAAUCACUACCACAAAAUAGGGUACGAGGUACAAGAAUUAAGUCAGCUAGCGUUAAGACUGUUGUCGACCGAAAACCCCGCAUAUUUUAACUGGAUCCGGUUUCAUGACCCUGAAUUUCCUUUGGAUGAGCCAUACGUAAAGCGACGUCUGGAAAGUAUAGCGGCACCCCUUCUCUACGCAGCCCUUUUAGGCCUAACCACGAUCACGAAACUGCUCAUAGCUGGAGGCGCAGAUGUCGACGCGCAGGGUGGAUGGCACGGCAGUGCACUACAGGCAGCUUCAGCCAGAGGCCACAAAGCAGUUGUAGAGCUGCUGAUUGAUGCAGGCGCCGACGUCAAUGCGAUUGGUGGACACUACGGGAGCGCGAUUCAUGCUGCUUCAGACACAGGCCACAAGGCAGUGUUGGAGCAGCUGAUCGAUGCAGGCGCCGACGUCAACGCGAAAGGGGGGCUGUACGGUAGUGCGCUACAUGCCGCUUUCGAACGUGCAGAUGAAGCCAUGGCCACAAUGUUGCUUAGAAGAGGCGCCGACGUCAGCCCAGACACCCAACUCAAAGGUGCCCUGCACCAUGCUAUCAACAAAUCAUGGUGUACGCCUUCGCUGGUCAACGCAUUGCAACAGUAUGGGGCUCCAUUGGAUACGGUCGAUGCUGCGAACAUGACUCCACUACUCUAUUGUGUGAAAGGUCGAUAUAAGACCAUCGCGAAGCAACUCAUCGAUGCAGGGGUACCGAUUGACUCCAGCGUUCAUCGAAAGGCCUGGCCCAUUCCUGUCAAUAACACUCAUCUUGAUCCAAUGGAUGGUAGUUCUCUCAUCUCUGGAUCCAUCGGGGCUGGCCUGACUCCUUUGCACUUCGCAGCCUUGACUCGUAAUGCAACGAUGACAAAAUUCCUUCUUGUCCACGGCGCCAACCCCAAAGCCCUCUCAGAGUACGGUGAAAUGCCUCUACAUCUUGCGCUGCGUGGGAAACUCAUUGGAACAAGCUACCAGGAUGGCUGGAACACUGCAAGCAUUUGGGAGGGACCUCAACGACUUAGCGAGACGGUUAAAUUGCUACUAGCAUACUCUAAGUCUUCUGUCAGCAAACAGGAUCAGCGGGGCGAAAGAGCUUUACACUGCGUCCCGUAUGGGGACUCGGAAAGUGGAGCUUUGGUCUCCCAUUUGUUACUCAAACGGGCGAAAAUAAAUUGUCGCAGUAGGACGGGGAAAACCCCUUUACAUUUUGCCAGUGAAGCUGGUAAUCAAAAAUCAGUCGAGAUCUUGCUCAGCAAUGGUGCGACGGUGGCAUCGGUUGACAACAGUGGUCGCAACGUACUUCAUUACGCAGCUCGGAGCAGAAGUCUUGCGACUAUGAUCGCUAUUCUUGAGACCGAAGAGGCGAAGACCGUCGAACUUAUAGUAUCGAAAGACAAGAGUGGGCAAAAUGUACUUCACCAUGCGUUAUCUGUGUAUGGAACACAGCAAACUGAGACGGUACGAUGGCUGUUGGAUAAGGGGGCAAACAGUUUAGAGCUUGAUAAUGCGGGGCUUUCCCCCCUUGCAGCUUUCAUCGAGUGUUCCGAAAGCAGUGCAGACAUUGAUACCUGCAAGGUGCUACUUGACAUCGAGGGAAAUUCGUUAUUCGUCGACCAAGAAGGGCGAACCCUUGGGCACUUGUGGGCGACAAAAUCAACUUUUGAGAUUCGUGUACUGCGGAUGCUCAAUGAGUAUGGUGUCAACCUAGCGAGAAAAGACCAGAAGGGAAGGACCAUACUACACUACGCAGCUAUACAUGGCUCUCUCAAGGAAGAGACACUAGAGUUUCUCAUCAAUGUCAUCGGCCUCAAAGCAGAUGAAGAAGAUACUUACAACCGUACUCCUUUGGAUUAUGCUGACGAGAGCAACAGUGACAGUGACAGCGACAGCGACAGGGAGAAUGCCCGUCGUCGGGAGAAGAGCAAGCGCGUCUUAGCUAAUCACCGUGCCAAAUGCAUUGGAAAACCUAGCGUCGACGCACCAGGAGCGAUAGUGGUGGCGUCGAAUCUGACAUUUGGAGGUGCAGGUGAUGACAAGGAAGACGACGUUGGUUCGGAUAAGGAAGACAGCAGUGAGGACGAAGAAUAUAAGGAAGAUGAAGACAAGGAUGAAGAUGAGGAUGAGGAUGAGGAUGAGGAUGAGGAUGAGGACGAAGAAGAUAGUGAAAAAGAUGAGGGGAGCAAUAAUGCGGACAAGGAAGACACUGACAGGCGAUAAGCCUCGUCAAACACUGACCAAGAUAGUCAACCUAACAUUCGACAUAAUCGGCCAAGUUUGUGUUAAUGGUGUCAUCACACGGUCAGAUCAUAGCCCGCAAAAGUAAUUCACGUCUUUAGAUCCAAGCACCGUGAUGUCUUUU